AUGAAGCUCGGUCGACUCACUGCGUCACUCGCAUUGGGCGUCGUGAGCCUGGCAGCUUCGGGUUCUCAGCUGACAACUCAAGCCGCGACGUGCACUGCAUCAGCGCUCUCGAUCCUGCCGUCAACCUACAACCUCGACGUCUGUGUGAGCAACAACCUCUACUCGGUUCUGCUGUCACUCGCAGCCUCGUCCAGCACCUGCACGCUCACGGAUCUGCUCGCCUUGGAGUCGAACACCCAGAUCCUGAACCUCGUCUCGCUCGUUGAGAGCAUCGUGGCGUCCCCUAGCAGCAUGUCGAGCCUCGUGUACUCGUACAUGGCGGACACCUCCUCGUCCGACAUGGACGACUUCUGCUCGACACUCAACACAGUCAUCUCGCCAUGUCUCCUGAGUCUGCUGCCGACGCUGCUGCCGGUCCUCCAGAAAGACUUGACGUGCUGCUCCGAAGUGAGCGACUUGAUCGACCUGGUCGACUUCUUCGUGCCGCCGAACGUGACCACCAACUCGUUCAUCCUCAACGAACUCGCCAACGGCGUCAACCAGUUCUUCUGCUCCAGUAUCGGCGACACCACGUGCGGCUACAACAUGUUCUCUCAGAUGACGUCGACGUACACUUCCUCCCAAUUCACACUGCUUGAGUCCGUGGUGAUGCCGUUCGUGACCAUCUCGUCAGGUGAAGAGUGCGCCGCCAUGAAGGGGGAGUCCUACACGGAUUCAGCCUCGCUGACGUCCGCUACAACCAUCGACUACUCGUGCUGCAUCGACCACAUGCGUCCACUGAUCGAGUCGAUCCAAAGCGGCUUCGAGUACUUCUUCGACGACACCACAGUCGACAUUCUCAACGGCAUGAUCGACUUCUCCGCUAGUGGGGGCAAGUUCGUCGACGCGCAGACUGCAACGCGUACACCCGGCACCAACAACCCUGGCAAGAACGACAUUGAAGACAUCACGUGUACCAUGGUGGACAAGUGCAAUUCAGCAGGGACAGUCUGCAGCAGCGUCUGCGAGAAGGGGACGGCGUCCGUCUCGUCGUGGCUCAACCAGACCCUCGCGUACCAGCGCAACCUGGCCUUCAGUGGCAAGUUGUGCUACGCGCAGCUCCCCUCGACGCACAACAGCGCCAUUACGUUAGCCGACGGCUACGGCAACCGCGACCAGUUCUUCAACGCCAACCUGAACGCGGACAAGUCGUACUCGUACCUCAAGACCAACAACCAGGUGCUGAGCUUGACAGACCAACUGGGCAUCGGCAUGCGUUGGAUCGAGAUCGACACGCACUACUUCGUGGACGACUUCCACACGGGCCACUGCGGGAACCUCGGGUCGAGCUCCGUCACGACAUUCUUCGACGCGUUCGACUCGCAGUUGUCAAAGUACGGCACGAUCCUCUGGGGCCCCGAGCUUCUGGGCUGCUUCCCCUCCGUGUCGGGUAUCAAGACAACCGACGAGGUUACCACUCGCAGUUCGAUGCAGGAAGUGAAGGACUGGUUGGACGAGAACCCGACGGAGUUCGUGGUGGUCUACAUGGACACGGGCUCGGACAUUUCGCGGCUGGACAAGUACGACGAACUGAAUACGCUGCUCACUGACGUCUUCGGCGACUUGAUCGUCCCUCAGUCUGUUCUCAAGUCGCUGGCGUCGGAUUCCUGGACUGGAGGCAGCGUCAACGAGUUCCUGGAGGCUGGAUAUCGAGUUCUUCUCCUUGCGAAUGAUGACACUGCAUACAGCUUGUACGACUUCUGCGGCGGCCAUGAGGUUCUGUCGACCGACUACAUUGACACUUUGCCGGGCAGAUCGCGUGAGAUCGACGGGCUGGAGAUUUACGGAAACGAUUACUUCCUGCGCUCGUACCAGGCGGAACUGCGCUACAUCUCGCUGUCAGAUGAAGGCGUUCUGACGGAAGACUUCGAGACGUUCUUGAACUCGAGCAAUAUUGGCAACUUCGUGCGCUGGAACAUGAACCUCGUGGCCACGGACAUGGUUGACGGCGCGAAGAUGAGUGCGCAGGCGUGGUCGUGGGCGGAGAACGAGCCGAGCACCACAGCUUCUGGAGCCUACGUGCUUAUAAACACCAGUGGUCGGUGGGUGGCAAGCACCUCAGCCACAAAGACGUACAAGGCAUGCUGGAGCAGCUCCAGCUUGGCGUGGUCGGUUAUCGCGUACGCGGAUUCCUGUGCAAGCGGAUACACUUACUCUGCGCCGGCCGAUCCAUACCAGAACUACCUGCUCAUGACGGCCAUCUCGACCAAGGGCAUCACCACCACUUCUGUCGUGAUCAAUGAAACCAUCUCAUAA